GGGAGUGGUUUGACAGAGACCUUUAUCCCCGCCCUGCCCCGACAACUGCAGAAACAAGCUCAAACUGGUUCCAAACUCAGACACGUCAGACUCAGUCGUUGUGACAGAGAGGAAAUGGCGCAGACAGGAGUUCAGCUGCAGAGAGAAACGUUCUCUUGUUCCAUCUGUUUGGAUCUUCUGAAUGAUCCGGUGACUCUUACCUGUGGACACAGCUUCUGUAUGAACUGUAUUAAAGACCACUGGGACAAAGAGGAGGAGAAGAAGAUCUACAGCUGCCCUCAGUGUAGAAAGAUCUUCACACCGAGGCCUGAACUGAUGAAAAGCACCAUGUUAGCAGAUUUAGUGGAGGAGCUGAAGAAGACUGGACUCCACCCUGCUCCCGCUGAUCACUGCUAUGCUGGAGCUGAAGAUGUGGCCUGUGAUGUCUGCACUGGCAGGAAACUGAAAGCUCUGAAGUCCUGUUUGGAUUGUUUGGCCUCUUACUGUGAGGAACAUCUCCAGCCUCACUAUCAAUCACCUGCGUUUAAUAAACACAAGCUGGUGGAGCCGUCCAAGAACCUCCAGGAGAACAUCUGCCCUCAUCACGAUGAGGUGAUGAAGAUGUUCUGCCGCACUGAUCAGCAGUGCAUCUGUUAUCUCUGCUCUGUGGACGAACAUAAAGACCACGACACGGUCUCAGCUGCAGCAGAGAGGAAGCAGAAGCAGAGAGAGCUGGAUCUGAGUCGAGAAGAGGUCCAGCAGAGAGUCCAGGACAUAGACAGAGACGUGAGGGUGCUUCAACAGGAGGUGGAGGCUCUCACUCUCUCUGCUGAUAAAGCCGAGGAAGACACAGGCGAGAUCUUCACUGAGAUGAUGCUUCUCCUGCAGACGAGAAGCUCUGACGUGAAGCAGCAGAUCAGAUCCAAGCUGGAAACCGAGGUGAGACGAGUCCGAGACGCUGAGGAGAAGCUUCAGCAGGAGCUCGCUGAGCUGAAGAAGAGAGAAGCUGAACUGAAGCAGCUCUCACUCACACACGAUCACACCCAGUUUCUCCUCAGCUACCGCUCACUGCCAGCACUCAGUCCGUCGACACACUCGUCCACCAUCGACGUCCGUCCUCUGAGACACUUUGAGGAUGUGACAGCGGCUGUGGCAAAGCUCAGAGUUCAACUGCAGGACGUCCUGAGCGAGAAGUGGACAAACAUCUCACUGGCUGUGACUGAAGUAGAUGUUUUACUUACAGAACCAGAACCAGAACCAAAGACCAGAGCUGGAUUCUUUAGAUAUUCACAGGAAAUCACACUGGAUCCAAACACAGCUCACACACGUCUUUUAUUAUCUGAGGGAAACAGAAAAGUGACAGUUAUGAAGAAAAGUCAGUCAUAUUCUCAUCACACAGACAGAUUCACUGGGUGUUAUCAGGUCAUGAGCAAAGAGAGUCUGACAGGACGUUGUUACUGGGAGGUGGAGUGGACAGGAACCGCAGGAUUUUGUGUAGCAGUGACGUACAAGAACAUCAGCAGGUCAGGUUCAGGUGAAUGUAAAUUUGGAUAUAAUGACAAAUCUUGGGCUUUAGAAUGUAAGCAAAAGAGUUGUAGCUUUCGACACAAAAGUAUCUCCAUUAAAGUCUCAGAUGGUUUGUCCUCCAGAGUCGGAGUUUACCUGGACCACAGAGCAGGUCUUCUGUCCUUCUACAGAGUCUCUGACACCAUGACUCUGCUCCACAGAGUCCAGACCACGUUCACUCAGCCUCUCUGUGCUGGAGUCUGGUUUUAUAAUCCACCUGCAGACACAGCUGAGUUCUGUAAACUCAAAUAAACUCAAACGAACUUGAGUUCUUUCAGGAGCAGUGAGUUAAACUCCUGUUCUCUGCUCUCAUUGCUGUGAUCACCUGUCAGUCAAACAUGGUGGGCGGGUACUUUUGUUUGUUGUUUCUUGUGUUUGGGAGUGAAGUAUUGUUGUUGGUGGC